UAUAGUGAUCAAUCACCCAUAAGAUAUCUGAGUAUAUAAAUACAGCGUGGUGUAAUGUCGUGGUGAUUUAAAGUGAGUGUCUGGAGAAAAGGAUAAAGGAACAUCAUGUCGUCGGAGGAGUUUGAGAAGCUCCAUGAGAUGUACAGAUCUCUAUAUGAAGAACUGAAACUCAUCACUGACAGAGCUACACUAGCACAAGGAGAGGAGAAGAAGAAGCUGGUACGAGUGUUUGAUGAACGUCAUGGGGAGGCACAGGAAGUAUUGCAAGGCAUGGAGCAGGAACUGCUCAGUGCUCCUUCCUCCUUCAGGAGUUCCAUGUCCUCCAAAGUUCGACUUUACCACAGGGACCUGGGAAAGCUGCAGCGCCAACUACAAAGCCUAGACACUGGUGGCUUUUCUGCUCGGCCGGGAGAUGGUGGGCACGUUUAUGCCGCUCAAAACGAGCAAAGUUCUCAGUUACAGGCACAGAGGGCAUUACUUAUCCAGGGCACGGAAUCUCUGAAUAGUGCCAGCCAGAGCAUCGAACGCAGCCACCGCAUCGCCAUCGAGAGCGAACAUAUUGGAACUGACAUCAUAGACAAUCUCGGCCAACAGAGAGAACAACUGGACCGCACCAGAGACCGACUUGUAAACACGGGAGAGAAUCUGAGUCGCAGCAGGAAGAUCUUGCGCUCCAUGUCUCGCAGGGUGAUGACCAACAAGAUGCUGCUGGCGGUGAUCAUCAUUAUGGAGCUGGUCAUACUGGGAGCUGUGGUCUACCUCAAGUUCUUCUGGCACUGAGCUUACAACGUGGGGCUGAACGCGUGAUACGAGUUUUCCCCGUCUUGAUUGCCGAGCAUCUGAAGAUGCAGUCUAUGCAAGUGGAUCAGACUUAAAAUUUGCAUUGUGUGUGUGUGUUUGAAAAGGUCCAAAUCGGUGUCAAUGUUAUCACUGAUUUUUCACCACUCUGGCUCUGGUCAGGAGAAUCAGCAUCAGUGAGGAGGAGGACGUGCCAACACUAAUCUGGCUGUGAUGCUGAGACCUUUUGAACCCGACUGAACUAAUAACUAACACUGCAAUAAAACCCAUCUUCUUGAACUGUAUAAUACUGAAAUAUUUAUCAGUAACUCUUUGUAUUUGCCUCUUAUGUUAUUGUAAAUAGUAUUAAAAUGUUCUUGGAAAGCUG